AUGUCCAAUACAACGCCAGGGGAGCUGGUUACAGCCAUGUAUGACAACACUACCCCGCCCAUCGAGAUGACAACCAUUGUGUUUCCACCAGAAUACCACAGACUUAACACAGUGAUUGUUUUCUUUAACACGUAUUAUAUCUGGGUCAUAUUCGGUUUUGGAUUUCCUGGGAAUUUGAUGAGCUUGUGUGUCAUCGUUGGCAUGUCAAAACGAAGAUUAACAACGUCGUUUUUCUACGUUGCAGUUCUUGCCGUCGUGGACAAUAUUACAAUCAUUCUGAAGAUUGUUGAAAAUCAAUCUCGAAGUCACGUGAAGUUGGUAUUUGAUGAAACUGGGUGUCAAUUUCUAUUUUUCUUUGGUUUAACCUGUGCAGCAUUUGCCAACUGGAUUCUGAUUAUAAUAUCCGCGGAGAGGUUAACAGCAGUGGCGUUUCCAAUGAAAGUGGCUCUCAUCUGGUCCUUGAGGAGGGCGGUUGGCGUCAUAGUUUGUGUGUUUGUGUUUAUAGGCCUCAUCCACGGUCACAUCUUCGCCACUGUCACCCAUCACAGCAACUACACAUGUACGGUGAAGGACCAGUUCCAACAAUACAUCCACCCCUACUGGUACUUCACCAGUUCUGCGGUUUAUGCAUUCAUCCCUGCCACAUGCCUGAUUCUUUUCAACGUCCUCAUCAUUCUUUUGCUUAGGAGGUCCUCCGCCCAGCGACGGAACAUGUUGUCCCAAAGCGACCCGUCCCUCUUAGAAGCACGUCGUCAGGAGCGACAGGUCACAAUCAUGCUCGUCGUCGUCGCUGUCACCUUCCUCGUCCUCACCAUCCCCAGAUGUAUUUCCGUCAUCGCCUUCCACAGUAUGUGUACAAACAACUCGGACGUGAUGUGUACUGCACGGAGACAGCUGUUUAGCACCCUUACUACCCAAAUUGCUGACACCAACCAUGCUAUCAACUUUUACCUGUACUUUCUGACUGGGAGAAGGUUCCGGGAAUACUUUCUGAAGUUUUUCAAGUGUAGAGGAUUAUUGUACAUGAAAGUGUCGAGUAGCAACACCCAUGUGUCAGAACUGCCUCUUACAGACUCAAGGAUUUGA